GCGGGACGUGUCCCGGGCGGUGGAGCUCCUCGAGCGGCUCCAGCGCAGCGGGGAGCUGCCCCCGCAGAAGCUGCAGGCCCUCCAGCGAGUCCUGCAGAGCCGCUUCUGCUCUGCCAUCCGGGAGGUGUACGAGCAGCUCUAUGACACGCUGGACAUCACGGGCAGUGCUGAGAUCCGGGCCCACGCCACAGCCAAGGCCACAGUGGCUGCCUUCACAGCCAGUGAGGGCCACGCACAUCCCAGGGUAGUGGAGCUGCCCAAGACAGAUGAGGGCCUGGGCUUCAACAUCAUGGGGGGCAAGGAGCAGAACUCCCCCAUCUACAUCUCCCGUGUCAUCCCUGGAGGUGUGGCUGACCGCCAUGGAGGCCUCAAGCGUGGGGACCAGCUGCUCUCAGUGAAUGGUGUGAGCGUUGAGGGUGAGCAGCACGAGAAGGCAGUGGAGCUGCUGAAGGCAGCCCAGGGCUCGGUGAAGCUGGUGGUGCGUUACACACCUCGUGUGCUGGAGGAGAUGGAGGCCCGCUUCGAGAAGAUGCGCUCUGCCCGCCGGCGCCAGCAGCAUCAGAGCUACUCGUCCUUGGAGUCUCGAGGCUGAAACUACAGUAUCUGGACCCUCACCCCGCCCCCUCCCCUGUACAGUAUUUAUUGUCACCGGCUCCUUAUUUAAAGAUCUUUGACCCUCA